CGAAGGUAUGGCUCAGAUCUGGUGUUGCUGUGGCUGUGGUGUAGAAUGCAGCUGCAACUCCAAUUCAGCCCCUGACCUGGGAACUUCCAUAUGCUGCAGGUGUGGCCCUAAAAAAUUCAAGCUUUGUUAACUGAAACUAAAGACGGCUUUCUGAACGAGAAGUGGCUUCAGUAGUGGAUCAGUGCUGGAGAGCACUUUUGAGGAAUGGGAGUGGGUGUCCAUGCAGCUUGCAGGUUUGGAAUUACGGGUGAAUACUGUAAAUUUGGAGACUGAUCCAUGGGUCUGCAGGAGGCCGAGGAGCAAAAUUCAGGCUGCAGCAAGAAGCUUUCAAAGACUUUCAGAGCAAGGUUGAGUGGGGAAAAUUCAGUUUCACAUUAUAGUGAGGCAUUUAGAAACAGAAGUGCUUCUCUGAGAUUCACGCUUGUGGCAAACAGCUGUGGUCGGGAGGCAGCAGAAUUGGCACUAAGUUUUUACAGCAUGUAAAGUAAAGGGUUUUUGUUUAAGGUGGGACAGGAGACAGUGAGUUUCCUACCUGUUAGAAAUGAGUGACAUGAAGAGACGUACGAAAAGUAAAAUUUAUGGCCCCUGGGGUGCUGGCAUCAGCUGUGUUUUGCGAUUCCCAUAGUCACCUCAAAUGUGUGUCAUAGACCUUGAUUCGGAGGUUUGUUUUCACUGCAAAUGCCAUGAGUAACGGCAAAAUCUGUGCUCAGUAGGAGCAGAGGAAGGCACUUAUCAACCCACGUGAGCAGUUUUAGGAGAAAAAUGAUCUUUAAUUAUUAAUCAAAGUUAGAACCUAGUCAAAUUUAGUGUUACCUAAGCCUUCACAGUGACCCUUUUAGUGAAAAAAUGAGAUUCACAUUUUCGUCCUGAAUACACCUCUUCUGUUAGCCUUCCUAGCAACGCAUCUGAAUGUCCAAGCGAUUUGCUGCCGUUUUCCCUUACAGGAGACUCAUCUCCUAAAGACACACUGACGUUUCUUACUCCACAUUGUCCCUUCUUAAAGAGAGUGAUUCUGUUUUAAAAAUUUCUACUGUGGUAACUUGCUGAAUGGGGUUUUUGGCAAGAUGGUCUGGCAGUGGCACGAAGGAACGAUUGGGAGGUGGGAAGGCUGGAAGGUGGAAAUGCAGCCAGGCUCCCGCUGUCAUGACCAGUGGCCUGAGGAGAUGAGGGCUUGCUCUGAGUUGGGAUCAUGCAAGGGAGAGAAAAGGAUAAAACUGACCAUGUCCUGACUGGUAGGAUGUAAAGAGUCCAAAAAUGACACCUUGACAAAAUCUGAACAGUGAGGAUGAUGGAAGAAGUUGGAGGAAACACGUUUGUGAUGUUGGGCUAAAGCCACUUGCCAUCCUAGAUUAUUGAUAGGAGAGUUCGAAGCCGUUUACUAAGGUAAAGGCAUGAUAAAGUGUGCUCUGUUAUUGUGCUAUAGAGAAGCUAUUGCUUAACUGGGGUUAAUGCCCGUUUUCACCCCCUUUCCUCUGAGGUCACCGGGUUUAAGCUGGCGGAAACCCUGGAUGGACCUGGCUCUGCCAUGGUUGUACCUUCCCAGAGCCCCCACUCCUGAUUUUCCUUUCUCCUCUUUGCUCAGGCUUCUGUGGUUUAGCAGGAUGUUUUGUUUUUUUCUCAGUAUACAUUAUAACUGCCAUCUUCUCUCCACGUUUCUGUUAUAUUUCUGUUGCAGGCAGCAGGCCUUCGUUUAUCUGUCCCGGCCCCCGUUACCUUCCUCCACAGAUUUUUUACCUUCACAUCUCAGCGUAUUCCUGACAGUGAGCCCCUACUUUGGUGGAUCCAGGUCUCAGAUCCUUGGGACGAUGGGCAGAUAGCAGCCAAAAGGACUCUGACACCACCUGUCAAACGAUCGUGUGAAGAGAGGGUCAAAGAUGUAAACGGACCUCUUUCACAGGACAGUAGGAUUGGGCCAGUGCUAGGCUUCAGACCAGGCUGACCUGCCUGCAGGCUUCAGACAGUUUCCAUCAUGCCAGAUGUGUGGAUGGGGAGCAGAGGAGAAGACACUGAAAAGGAAUCUGUAGGUCGAACAGAUCAGUGUGCACGCGUGGUCUUGUGUGAUCUAUCCUGACAGCCUGGCCCACGCUGAUCUCCUUGGUUGAUUGCAGUGGGUUCGCUCCAUUAGAAGUUUGUGAGAAAUAGCAGUUACGUGGCAUUAGCUCUGUGCUUUAAGAUUCUUGGCUUAAUGAAUGCUAAAUACGGCUGCAGCUGGAAAUGCAUACGAAGUUAUUACCUUGUUGAGUCCUUGCGUAUUUCUCCCAGGUCUUUUUGGAGGUUCAGGGAGAUGUUCUACUGACCAGAAUGUCCCUGUUGUUGGGAGGGAUUAACAGAGCCAGAAAAUAUCCCUUCCUUGGUGCAUCCCAGCACAGAGCCCUGGCUCCAGGCGAUCUGUGUUCAAUUAUGGUUAAAAUGUUAAAUUAGCUGAAAGAGAGUUUUUCUGGUUACUUGAGUCUGCCUUUUGGACUCCAUUAAUUGUUUGCUCAUUAAGUCAUUUACAGUAACCCUUUCCAGCCAGUCCUGAUAAUCAGCUUUUAGGCACCUUUCUGCUCUGUGAUAUUCCUCAUUCAGGCUUUCUCAGACGGGCAGCCCUGGUAAAGAAUCCACACACAUCAGGGGCUCAGUAGGGAAUGAAGGGGGGAUGGAAGGAGAUGUUUGUGCCUUAUUUGAUGGCAAAUCCUGUUUUCCUUUCCUGCCGCAACGGGGAACAUUGCAUUUGUACUUCAGAUCUAAAUUUUAUUGUACACCCAGAAAAAGCUCUUUCUUUUAAAAUAAUUGUCGUUUUAAAAUAGCAAUGUCUCCUUCCAAAGAAGAUCUAUUUUUUUUUUUUUGGUUCAGCAGGAUUUUUGUUUUUAUAUAAAUUUAGUGUUAUCUUAGAUUUUAUAUUUUCUAAAAGCGAUGUUUUAGAACAAAGAAUGUUUUGAAUGCAGUGUCACCCUCAACCCAAGUCUUGGUGAACUGGAGAAAUGCAUGCGACGUUGGGAGUUUAUUUCCACAUCUUCAGUUAACUUUGGGCUAUUCCAAGACUAAAUCCUCUGCUCGUCCCUGUGAGCAUGGGAUGGACCCGUUACGUAGCCUUCUUGUGUUUUUAAAGGAGAAGCAGUGUGUGGCAUGGGGAAGGAUCUGUCUGCACGCACGGCAUCGCACAGGGACAGUCUGCUGCUUUCUUGCAAGGCGAGCCUGGGAGCUUUCGUCACCAGGAGUUUUCGGUGAGGACCUUCACUCCAGCCUCUACUUUGUCAAUGCAUCUCUGCAAGAGGUAGUGUUUGCGAGCACCACGGGGACCCUGGUGCCCUGCCCGGCUGCAGGCAUCCCUCCUGUGUCUCUCAGAUGGUACCUGGCGACGGGCGAGGAGAUCUACGAUGUCCCCGGGAUCCGCCACGUCCACCCCAACGGCACUCUCCAGAUUUUCCCCUUCCCUCCUUCGAGCUUUAGUACCUUAAUCCAUGACAAUACUUACUAUUGCACAGCUGAAAAUCCUUCAGGGAAAAUUAGAAGUCAGGAUGUCCACAUCAAGGCUGUUUUACGGGAGCCCUAUACAGUCCGUGUGGAGGACCAGAAAACCAUGAGAGGCAAUGUCGCGGUCUUCAAGUGCAUUAUCCCCUCGUCGGUGGAGGCGUACGUCAGCGUCGUCUCGUGGGAGAAAGACACCGUCUCACUCAUCUCAGGAUCUAGAUUUCUCAUCACAUCCACGGGAGCCUUGUAUAUUAAAGAUGUACAGAAUGAAGAUGGAUUGUAUAACUACCGCUGCAUCACGCGGCACAGAUACACCGGGGAGACAAGGCAGAGCAACAGCGCGAGACUUUUUGUAUCAGACCCAGCGAACUCAGCCCCAUCCAUACUGGAUGGGUUCGAUCAUCGCAAAGCCAUGGCAGGGCAGCGUGUGGAGCUGCCUUGCAAAGCGCUUGGGCACCCUGAGCCCGAUUACCGCUGGCUGAAGGACAACAUGCCCCUGGAACUUUCUGGAAGGUUCCAGAAAACCGUGACGGGGCUGCUUAUUGAGAACACUCGUCCAUCGGACUCAGGCAGCUACGUGUGUGAAGUGUCCAACAGAUACGGAACCGCUAAGGUGAUAGGCCGCCUGUACGUGAAACAGCCGCUGAAAGCUACCAUCAGCCCCAGGAAGGUUAAAAGCAGUGUGGGCAGCCAAGUCUCCUUGUCCUGCAGCGUGACAGGAAGUGAGGACCAGGAGCUCUCCUGGUACCGAAACGGUGAAAUCCUCAACCCUGGGAAGAACGUGAGGAUCACGGGGCUCAACCGUGAGAAGCUUAUAAUGGAUCACAUGGUCAGAAGCGACGGGGGCGCGUACCAGUGCUUCGUGCGCAAGGACAAGCUCUCCGCUCAAGACUACGUGCAGGUGGUCCUUGAAGAUGGAACUCCCAAAAUUAUUUCUGCCUUUAGUGAAAAAGUGGUGAGUCCAGCUGAGCCGGUUUCCCUCAUGUGCAACGUGAAGGGGACGCCACUGCCCACCAUCACCUGGACCCUGGACGACGACCCCAUCCUCAAGGGCGGCAGCCACCGCAUCAGCCAGAUGAUCACGUCCGAGGGCAACGUGGUCAGCUACCUGAACAUCUCCAGCUCUCAGGUCCGGGACGGGGGCGUCUACCGCUGCACUGCCAACAACUCGGCGGGAGUCGUCCUGUACCAGGCUCGAAUAAACGUAAGAGGGCCUGCAAGCAUUCGACCAAUGAAAAAUAUCACAGCAAUAGCAGGGCGGGACACGUACAUCCACUGUCGUGUGAUUGGCUACCCGUAUUACUCCAUCAAAUGGUACAAGAACUCUAACCUGCUUCCUUUCAACCACCGCCAAGUGGCUUUCGAGAACAAUGGAACCCUGAAGCUCUCGGAUGUGCAGAAGGAGGUUGAUGAGGGGGAGUACACGUGCAACGUGCUGGUUCAACCCCAGCUCUCCACCAGCCAGAGUGUCCACGUGACAGUCAAAGUCCCACCUUUUAUCCAACCCUUUGAGUUUCCGAGAUUCUCCAUCGGACAGCGGGUCUUCAUCCCGUGUGUUGUGGUCUCAGGGGACUUGCCCAUCACCAUCACCUGGCAGAAGGACGGCCGGCCGAUCCCCGCGAGCCUCGGGGUGACCAUCGACAACAUCGACUUCACGAGCUCCCUAAGGAUUUCCAACCUCUCCCUGAUGCACAACGGGAAUUACACCUGCAUAGCCCGGAAUGAGGCCGCAGCGGUGGAGCACCAGAGCCAGCUAAUCGUGAGAGUUCCUCCCAAGUUUGUGGUUCAGCCACGGGACCAGGAUGGGAUUUACGGCAAGGCUGUCAUCCUCAAUUGCUCAGCCGAGGGUUAUCCUGUACCUACCAUCGUGUGGAAAUUCUCCAAAGGUGCUGGGGUUCCCCAGUUCCAACCCAGCCUGAAUGGCCGAAUUCAGGUCCUCAGCAACGGGUCUCUGUUGAUCAAGCACGUGGUGGAAGAAGACAGCGGCUACUACCUGUGCAAGGUCAGCAACGAUGUGGGCGCGGACGUCAGCAAGUCCAUGUACCUCACGGUGAAAAUUCCUGCGAUGAUCACGUCCUAUCCGAACACCACCCUGGCCACUCAGGGUCAGAAGAAGGAAAUGAGCUGCACGGCCCACGGCGAGAAGCCCAUCAUCGUCCGCUGGGAGAAGGAAGACCGCAUCAUUAACCCCGAGAUGGCCCGUUACCUCGUGUCCACCAAGGAGGUGGGAGAGGAGGUGAUCUCUACGCUGCAGAUUUUGCCAACGGUAAGAGAAGAUUCUGGCUUCUUCUCCUGUCACGCUAUCAAUUCUUACGGGGAGGACCGUGGAAUAAUUCAGCUCACGGUGCAAGAGCCCCCAGACCCUCCCGAGAUUGAGAUCAAAGACGUGAAAGCCCGCACCAUCACGCUGCGCUGGACCAUGGGUUUUGACGGGAAUAGCCCCAUCACCGGCUACGAUAUUGAAUGCAAAAAUAAAUCAGACUCCUGGGAUUCUGCUCAGAGAACCAAAGAUGUUUCCCCUCAGCUGAACUCGGCCACCAUCAUUGAUAUCCACCCUUCCUCCACCUACAGCAUCCGCAUGUACGCCAAGAACCGGAUUGGCAAGAGCGAGCCCAGCAACGAGCUGUCCAUCACCGCGGACGAGGCAGCUCCCGAUGGCCCACCGCAGGAAGUCCACCUGGAGCCCGUAUCAUCUCAGAGCAUCAGGGUCACCUGGAAGGCUCCCAAGAAGCACCUGCAAAACGGGAUUAUCCGCGGCUACCAAAUAGGCUACCGGGAGUACAGCACCGGGGGCAACUUCCAGUUCAACAUCAUCAGCAUCGACACCACGGGCGACAGCGAGAUCUACACCCUGGACAACCUGAACAAGUUCACCCAGUACGGCCUGGUGGUGCAGGCCUGCAACCGCGCCGGGACGGGACCUUCUUCUCAGGAAAUCAUCACCACCACCCUCGAGGACGUGCCCAGUUCCCCUCCCGAAAAUGUCCAAGCCAUAGCAACGUCACCAGAAAGCAUCUCAAUAUCCUGGUCCACCCUUUCCAAGGAAGCCUUGAAUGGAAUUCUCCAGGGGUUCAGAGUCAUUUACUGGGCCAACCUCAUGGACGGAGAGCUGGGCGAGAUCAAAAACGUCACCACCACGCAGCCCUCCCUGGAGCUGGACGGGCUGGAGAAGUACACCAACUACAGCAUCCAGGUGCUGGCCUUUACCCGGGCUGGAGACGGCGUGCGAAGCGAGCAGAUCUUCACCCGGACCAAAGAGGAUGUUCCAGGUCCUCCGGCCGGAGUCAAGGCGGCCGCGGCCUCAGCCUCCAUGGUCUUCGUGUCCUGGCUGCCGCCCCUCAAGCUCAACGGCAUCAUCCGGAAGUACACUGUCUUCUGCUCCCACCCCUACCCCACAGUGAUCAGCGAGUUUGAAGCCUCUCCUGACUCAUUUUCCUACAGAAUUCCCAACCUGAGUCGGAAUCGUCAGUACAGCGUCUGGGUGGUGGCCGUGACAUCGGCUGGGAGAGGCAACAGCAGUGAAAUCAUCACGGUGGAACCGUUAGCCAAAGCUCCUGCACGAAUCCUGACCUUCAGUGGCACAGUGACCACUCCCUGGAUGAAAGACAUCGCCUUGCCUUGCAAAGCCGUCGGGGACCCUUCUCCUGCGGUAAAAUGGAUGAAAGACAGUAACGGGACCCCCAGCCUCGUGAUGAUUGACGGGCGGAGGAGCAUCCUCAGCAACGGCAGCUUCGUCAUCCGCACGGUGAAGGCGGAGGACUCCGGCUACUACAGCUGCAUCGCCAACAACAACUGGGGGUCGGACGAGAUCAUCUUAAAUUUGCAAGUACAAGUUCCGCCAGAUCAGCCUCGGCUUACAGUUUCCAAGACCACUUCCUCUUCCAUCACCCUCUCCUGGCUCCCUGGUGACAACGGAGGCAGUUCCAUCAGAGGCUACAUCUUGCAGUACUCCGAGGAUAACAGUGAGCAGUGGGGGAGUUUCCCCAUCAGCCCAAGCGAGCGCUCUUACCGCCUUGAAAACCUGAAAUGUGGUACCUGGUACAAGUUCACUCUGACUGCACAGAACGGCGUGGGGCCCGGGCGCAUAAGUGAAAUCAUAGAGGCGAAAACCUUAGGAAAAGAGCCCCAGUUCUCCAAAGAGCAGGAGCUCUUCGCCAGCAUCAACACCACGCGCGUGCGGCUCAACCUCGUCGGCUGGAACGACGGCGGCUGCCCCAUCACCUCCUUCACGCUGGAGUACAGGCCCUUCGGGACCACGGUCUGGACCACGGCCCAGCGGACCUCCCUCUCCAAGUCCUACAUCCUGUACGACCUGCAGGAGGCCACGUGGUACGAGCUGCAGAUGAGGGUGUGCAACAGCGCCGGCUGCGCCGAGAAGCAGGCCAACUUCGCCACGCUCAACUACGACGGCAGUACAAUCCCCCCACUCAUUAAGUCAGUUGUCCAAAGCGAUGAGGGGCUGACCACCAACGAGGGCCUUAAGAUGCUGGUGACCAUCUCCUGUAUCCUGGUGGGCGUCCUGCUGCUGUUCGUGCUGCUGCUGGUGGUCCGGAGGAGGAGGAGGGAGCAGAGGCUGAAGAGGCUCAGAGAUGCAAAGAGUUUAGCUGAAAUGCUCAUGAGUAAGAAUACCCGGACUUCGGAUACCUUGAGCAAGCAACAGCAGACUCUGAGAAUGCACAUCGACAUACCCAGAGCUCAGCUUUUGAUUGAAGAGAGAGACACAAUGGAGACCAUUGACGAUCGCUCCACGGUGCUGUUGACGGAUGCGGACUUCGGAGAAGCAGCGAAACAAAAGUCCCUGACGGUGACGCACACGGUCCAUUACCAAUCAGUGUCGCAGGCCACUGGGCCCUUGGUGGAUGUUUCGGACGCCCGACCAGGAACAAAUCCCACCACCAGGAGGAACGCCAAGGCCGGGCCCGCGGCGAGAAACCGGUACGCCAGCCAAUGGACGCUCAACAGACCCCACCCCACCGUGUCAACUCACACCCUCACCACGGACUGGAGGCUGCCCACGCCCCGGGCCGCGGGGUCGAUGGACAAAGAGAGCGACAGUUACAGCGUCAGCCCCUCACAAGACACAGAUCGAGCGCGAAGCAGCAUGGUGUCCACAGAAAGUGCCUCCUCCACGUACGAAGAACUGGCCAGGGCCUACGAGCACGCCAAGAUGGAGGAGCAGCUGAGACACGCCAAGUUCACCAUCACCGAGUGCUUCAUAUCCGACACAUCCUCCGAACAGUUGACGGCAGGGACUAACGAGUACACAGACAGCCUGACCUCCAGCACCCCUUCCGAGUCGGGGAUCUGCAGGUUCACCGCGUCUCCCCCCAAACCUCAGGAUGGAGGCCGAGUGAUGAACAUGGCAGUGCAGGCACAUCGGCCAGGCGACCUCAUACACUUGCCUCCAUACCUUCGAAUGGACUUCUUGUUAAACCGAAGCGGUCCAGCCACCAGCAGGGACCUGAGUUUAGGGCAGGCGUGCUUGGAGCCUCAGAAAAGUCGGACCCGGAAACGCCCCACGGUCCUCGAGCCCAUCCCCAUGGAGGCCGCCUCCUCCACGUCCUCCACGAGGGAGGGACAGCAGUGGCAGCAGGGGGCCGUGGCCACAUUACCUCAGCGAGAAGGGGCGGAGCUGGGCCAGGCGGCCAAAAUGAGCAGCUCCCAGGAAUCCCUGCUGGACUCUCGGGGCCAUUUGAAAGGCAACAAUCCCUACGCAAAAUCCUACACCCUGGUAUAACAAACAGCAUGACUGGACAGCAGUUGUAAAUACAAUUUAAAAAUUCAAUCAAAGCUACCUUUUUUUUACGGAAUUCCAAUAUUUAUAAUGAAAGAAAAUUGCCAAAAUAUAUUAAAAAAAAAAAAAGAAAAUACUGAAAAAACCACAGACAGUGCAAAGACUCUCCUGCUUUUUUCUGUCUGAGUGUAAGCUCCAUCUGCCUGGGCAUCUGAUUUUUUGGGAAAGAAGUCCAGUUUUAUGAUCUUCACAGGCUAUUGCAUUUUUACUGAUUUUCUACGAAGUGCAUGGGGAAACUCAUUCAGCCUUCCGACUGGAAGUUCUGUCACACGAGAUUCAAGAAAGAAAACAGGAAAAAAAAAAAAAA